AUGGAUGGCCAGGGUCACUCUUUGGCAAACUCGUGGUGGCAUCAGCUGCAGCAGCAGAGCCAACCAACAGGCCAGGGCAUGUCAUCAACCGAGUGUGCCAAGGAAGGGGGUGGGGAGGGAGCGCAGGAGGGUGCUUAUAUCGAGCGUGCGUAUAACGAGCGUUUAGGGCGUGCGUGCAUGGAGGUGGACGUGCAGGAGAGCAUGUCUCUCGUGGCUCUGGAUGUCAUUGGCCUCGCUGCCUUUGGCUCCGCUGUCACGCACGAGGGGGGCGAUGAGGAGAGGAGACGGAAGGAAGGGGGGGAAGGGGAGGAAAAGGGGCUAGGGAAGGAGGGUGGAACCAUGGCAGUGAAGGCAGAUACGACCGCAGCGGCAGCAGCACAAUUACUACCAGCAACAGCAGCAGCGGGGGGGGUAGGGGCACCGGACCCAGUGCAGGUGUACAAGGCGUUGUCAAGGCUGGCAGAGCUGGAUUCGAAGAGGGUCACUUCCUGGCGCUCCCUCGUGCCCUUCUAUGACAUCUUGCCGAUUCCUGAAAACUUUGCCCUCUGGGCAGCAGAAAGGAGCAUUCGCAACCUGACCCUGCACCUCAUUGGCAAGAGACGGGCAGCAGCAGCAGUGCAUGCGGAGGAGGAAGCACAUGGACAGCAGCAAAGGGGGACAGCAGCAACAGCAGCAGCAGCAGCAGCAGCAGCAGUGCAUGGCGAGGAGGCACAUGGGCAGCAGCAGGGGGGGGCAGCAGGGCGGGGUGCACGGGACCUGUUGGCGCUCAUGCUGGCAGCACAUGACGAGGCAGGCAACGAGCAGAUGACGGACGAGCAGCUCAUGGACGAAUGCAUCACGUUCCUCCUCGCUGGCCACAGCACCACGGCGCACCUGCUGACGUGGACGUUCUAUCUUCUGGCGAAGCAUCCCGACUGGCAGGAGCGGCUGAGAGCAGAGCUCAAGCAGGCGCUGACUCAGCAGGGGGAAAAGGGCACGUCAGCAGUCCCCACAGCCAGCACAGCAGCAGGAGCAGCAGACGAGGCAGGUUCAGAGGGAGAUAGAAGAAAACAUCAAGAGAGAAGCCAAGGGGGGUCUGGAGGGGAGGGCGUGGGGGGAGGACAGGAGGGAGGAGAGCGAGAGGAAGACGAGAGAGGCGGAGGGGAGCAGGUGACUUGGGAGGUGGUGGCUUCGCUGAGGGGCAUGGGCAUGGUGCUGCAGGAGAGCCUGCGCAUGUUUCCCCCCGUCCCCUUCCUGGGCCGCACAUGCCAGCAGGUACACAUGGGAGGUGAAGUUACAGAUGGGGCAGCGGGUUCAGUUGAAGCUCUCAGCCUCAUCGUCCACCCACUCACACAUGCUGCCUCUCCUCCUCACUCUCUUCCCCUCUCACCCUCCUCCGUGCUCUCUCCUGCUCGCUCUCUCCUCCUCACCGUCUCCUCCCCCCUGGCGUGUCCAUACGACCUUCCGCGGCUGGGGCCGUAUGACGUGCCGCGGGGUGUGAACGUGCUGAUACCAGUCGCCCUGCUGCACUAUGACCCGCGCUUCUGGGGCCCUCAAGCCCUCCGCUUCAACCCCGACCGCUUCGCCAGUCAGUCCACUUCUUUUCCCUCAUCUUUGCCCAAUUCUUUGCCUUCAUAUUCUCCUCCUUUGCCGUCUUACAAUCGCUUCUGGGGCCCGCAUGCCCUCCACUUCAACCCCGACCGCUUCGCCAGUCAGUCUCCUUUGUUGUCGUGCCUCAUGUUCCUCGUUCCAUUGGUCUUGUUGCCGCUUCUGUGUCUCCCCACUGCUCUCUUCACGAUUCUUGUCUGCGUGCCUGUGCCGUUUUUCUCCUCUUGUUUCCCCUUCCCUGUUCUUUCCCCUAACAUUCCUCUUCCACAGAACGCGUUCCUACCCUUUGGUUCGGGCCCGCGCAUCUGCAUCGGGAACAACUUCGCCCUCACAGAAGCAAAGGUGGUGCUGGCGCACAUCCUCAGGCAGUUCUCAUGGCGCCUCUCCCCCGCCUACAAGCACUCCCCCAUAAGCGCUGUCACUCUGCGGGCGAGUUUCGGCAUGCACCUAAUGGUUGAGCCAUUGGCAAACCCUUUCUGA